ACUCCUUUGAAAAUUUUCCGUCACACAGUAGAUCAUGUGUUAUUUAUAGCAGUGAAGGCAGUCUCUUCACCAGCGCCUUGAUCUAAUAAUAAUCCUUAUCACUGCUGGGUUAAAACUACACCUCCCGUUGGGAUCUGCUUCUAAAUGUCAGAGGUGGUUUAUUCUGCAUGUAGCCGGAAUUAAGUCACUGCUGUAUACUACGUGUCAAUACGCGCGUGAACGACACCUGCGUUCUUCACGAGUAAUGAUGUCAGUGUCUAGCAGUAAUCCGUUUCCUGGAGAAUCACAGCCAACGUUUUUGAGCGCUUUCAGUGAAGUGUCCCAACCUGCCAGGACCAUCCGCCUCAGUGACAUCUACAACCCUCAGCCUCCACCUCAAAGGAAACCGGUGGCAAUAAGACCCCCGAGUCCUCGUUCUCGUCCUCAUCCUUCUCAGCAUCUCACCCGCCGGAGCUUCUCCUGUGAACCUGAGCCAAGAACCAUCAUGAGGAGAAGAGCGCACUCUCUCCCUCCUUCAGACGAGACGACGACUCGCAGGUACUCGCAAGUCCGAUUCAUCGACUGUUUGGGCCUCGAGCUGGAACGUGUAAAGUUUUUCCGGGCCAGCGAAGACCCCACAGUUCCAGAUCAUGUCAUAAACAGGUUAGUAGCCAGCUCUGAGCUGGCAUCUGGGAAACAUUUAGAAAUCUCCCUGCCGUUCUUUCAGCCGUUUUUCCCCGAGAACAUCGGCGGCGAGCCUGAUUUCCUGGAGCGUCUAUAUCAUCGGCGUGUUUGCCUCGAGCAAGUCCACUGCUCGGAACUGGGGAUCGUUGGAACAGCACAAGUUCUUAACCUGGCUUUUGAGAAACAGGUCAGCGUAUGGUACUCAUUCACAGACUGGAAAAGCAGCACUGAGUGUAAAGCUUGUUGGGUUUCUACUGUGCACCGAGAUCAUGUGCAAUCAGAUGUGUUUCGCUUUCACUUGCCCGUGCCACCGUUCAUCCUCAAACCUGGAGCCAGUCUGGAGUUUGCCAUCUGUUACCGCGUCCUCGGUACUGAAUACUGGGACAACAACGACGGACAUAACUACAAACUGGCCUGCCAUACUUACAAGCUGAUCGUGCCUAAGGAGUGCGAGGACAGCAUGGUGCACUUCACCUAAAGCCAUCAAGAGCUAUAGAAUUUCAUCCUAAUUUCAUCACGCUCAUUUUGCGUCAACUGACUCAGAUUUGUAUUUAUUUUUGUACAUUUGAAUGUUAAUCUCAUGAUUUAAUUCUGCACCGAUGAGGUUUGAUACUAGGUUCUAGAUUUUAAAAGAGUUCUGCAGUCACAUUCAAACUCAUUGUUUCAGCCCUUUCUGUUUAGUGCACACUACAUUUCACCUUUUAUUAUUAUUAUUUUUUUUGUAGCUGUAGCAGUUGUGUAAUCGUUGUCAUUUCCUCUCUGUGACUUCACUCAUGAUGAAUUUGGGUUUUCUCAGCUUGCAAACACGCUUCAGGAAGUUAAUCACUCAUACCUCAAUGGCUUGUUGAUGGUUUUGUCUAUUUGUGUUGUACAAUGUAUCUAAGGAGGUUUUUCAAUAGAACAAUAUGUACUGUGUAAUAUGUAUGUGUAUUUGCAAAGUAAUUUUGUGUUUUAACUUUUAAGUCUUUACUUAUGGGAGCACUAUGGGGUCAUCCAGGGGAGCACAAAAUGGCCGUGGUUUCUAACAUAACUCUCUCUCCCUUGUCAAUCAAAGAUACAAUAGCCAGUCAUGUGUCAACCUUCAACACUCUUAACUGUUAUAUGAUAGGGUAGAUCUGGCUGGGGGGAUGGAAGUGGCAGGCAACAAAAUUGGGAGAGAAAUACCAUUUUUACCAUGAAAACCCCUGCUAUGUAGAGUUUCCCUAUUAGAGAUGGUACCACAUUGAACCCUUAACUACUGAAAAGUUCCCUUUUCUAUGUUUGUAGUUGACAUUGCUUUGUUCAAUCUUAUCUGGCCUCAAAUUUACCCAGAGUGCUUUUGUUUUACGAAUAACUUUUGUAAAACUUUUCUGAACUCCUGUAUUUGUGUCUUUUCACCACAAGGUGGUGCUGCUGUGUAUGAUGGGUUGUACUAUUAUAUAAAAGAUUCCACCUAGUACCCAUUUCAGAUUGUCCCUCAGGUGGAAUCCUAACAUUUUUUUAAAAACCCUACAAUAGAGUGUUUCUCUUUCAAAAAGGUUCCAUGUAGAGCCCAUGACCUAACCUCAAAGUCUAUAUAAAUGUACAUCAGGCUUGUAAAUGUGAAACUUUGUUAUAUCAGUAAUAAUUAAAUUUUUUAAUUUUUUUUUUUUUUUUACAUGAAAUUUUGUCUGAAAUCAUUGUACUUUGAACCUUUCUGAAUAUUUUCUUCCUAGCUGCUGCUACCUUAUCAAAGUGGGGAAAUGUUUUAUGUAGAACUCCACAACAUUUAGAAAGCUAGAACUGCUAACCAGCCAAAGAACCCAUGAAGAACCUUUUUCAUGGACUUUGUAGAACCUUUAUUUUAAUGUUUUAUUUUUGUUUGCUUGUUUUUUUUAAGUGAAAUGAUGUGUAAUGGGAUUGUACUUGGACCCUUUUUGAAUUAUUUCUUUCGAGAACCCUCUGUUGUACAGUUCUAAAGAGGAAUAUUAAGGGUUUUCGCAGAGGGACAAAUUUUAAAAAGAUCCCUUUAUGUUGCUAGAUGUAACCUGUAUAGCAGUUGAGAUGACCUAAUUAAUAAUUUUUUAUUUUUUUUAACUCACUAAGUACCUGUCCUAACGCGUCUUCGGUGUCCCUUGUAUAUAGUGUAUAUUUGGGAUAACUGUUAAGUGCUACAGGUUCCUUCAAGCACCCAAAAGGAAUGUCUGGUUUGUCUGUUUAAGGGUUCCCAAACAAAAGGGUGCGGAACCUGUACUGAAGAUGUGAAGAUGACCCAAUCAGGUUUUUUUUUUAAUCUUUAAAAUGCCUGUAAAUACAUGUACACAUGAAGGUUCCAUGUGACACUCUAAGGGUUCUUUGGGGUUUUUUUAUUUGUGGAAAAUAUUUGAUAUAGAACCUUUAGGGUGUCACAUUGGACCUUUUUUUUGCUAACAGUGUACAUGUACUUACAUGCAUUACUAAAAUUUCUUAAUUAAUUAGGUACAAUUACUUUGAUUAAGUCGUUUUCACUGCUACAGGUUCCAUGUCGAAACCCAAACAAAUAUUUGGGUCCCUCUGAAGGAACCCUUAAUGGGACAAACCAAAGAUUCCUUUUGGGUGCUAGGUGGAACCUGUAGUAGUAGUAGUGAAGAUAAUUUCGGGGUGUAAGAAUAAUUCAAUUCAAUUCAAUUUCAAUUAAAUUUUAUUUGUAUAGUGCUUUUAACAGUGAACAUUGUCUCAAAGCAGCUUUACAGAAACAUAUAAACACAGGAUACAGAUUUUAAGCGUGAGAAUUUAUCCCUAUUGAGCAAGCUGGUGGCAACGGUGGCGAGGAAAAACUCCCUAAGAUGAUAUGAGGAAGAAACCUUGAGUGGAACCAGAUAGGAAAGUUCAUUAUGGCUUUUAUAUGAAGUCUAUUUUGUUGAACUAGUCCACUGUUCACUAAAGGAGACCUGAGUGUAAAACAGCAUGUGGUAAUUGCAGUCCUAAGGCCAUUGCAGCAACCGUAGUCCCAGCAACCACAGAGAGAAUGUCCAUGUGGAAUAACUCUGCUUCAUAUCGGGCCACAUGGUUGAUUGUUUUCCUAUAACAGGAAUAAUCCCGUAAUUACAUAAUCCCUAUCCGGGUAUAAUCCACAUACUCAAGACACGUAUUUAGGGUGAAAUCCCCUUAAUACAGGAAGCAGGAACUUUCCAUCAAACUGGAAUGAGAAGUAAUAAAUAAUAAGCAUUUUUAUAAUAAGUAACAAGUCACUGAACAAGAUCUACUUCUCUGCUGCUGUUCCUAAAAGUUCCUAGGCUAUUUUUCAGUUCUUAUCACAUUUUUACAAAUUAAAAAUUAUUUAUAAAGAUAAAAUAAUGCUAUUAUUCUAAAGAUAAUUUAAUAACAGUUGACUGAAAGGGCUUUUUUCCUAACAAUUGUAUUAGGAAUGUACACAGUAUCUACUGCUCCUUCUCAUUUUAUUGCAUAUUUGCAUUGAUCUGGUGAACCUGCAGUGUAUAGACAUAAUAGGUUCAUUAGUUUAGCGUGGUCUAUACAGUGCAUUUGAAUCUUUGCUAACUGAAUCUGAAUCAUGCCUGUGAUAUGGAUAUUUGGAGGAAGCUGACAGUAGAUUGUUAAAGUCUGACCUCCGUUCAACCGGCUGUGAUUUCUGCUCCACUGUCCAGCAGUGAGUCGAUUUUCUUUCUCAAGUGAGUCAUGAGUCUAAAUGUUGACGGUGUUUCCCCACACAAAUCAUUCCUGAUCUGGAUAAGUGGGGAAAGAUUUCAGUUCCAGGCUAGGUCAAGAGGUUCAACAGGAUUAAAAGUUGUGCUUGCUCAGAUAUAUAAAAAUAGAAGCAAAAAUAUAGACCAAUCGCUGAGGCAAUAGAGUUUCGGUUCGACUUUGUAGAGAUCUGGAGAGCGUGAAGGGCACAACUUGAGGAUUUACAUCAUUUUCAUCCUCAACAAACCAUUCGGUGCCCUGUGCAUGGGGGUGGAGUCAUUCCAGAAGAGACCAGGUCCAUUGGGAAAGAAAUGUUUCAGCAUAGGAUAGAGGUGAUCAGUCAAAAGAACUGUAGAUUGUAGUGUGUGUAGUGUCGCUUUGUAUAAAGGGACAAAAGUGAAGUCAAACCAUGCCAGCAAAAUAAAUAAAUGCCACCAGAGUAUAACAGAGCAACUGGAAAUGAAUUGAUUAACCUCAAUUUUAUGAGCUAUGUUUCGUUAGGACAUUAUUAUCUCAAACAUCUAUAAGAUUUUUAUUUGUCAUCCAUCAGUAUACAAUAUAUAUAUAUUGGGUUAGGCAACUCUAUCCAAUCUGACUCUAUUAACUGUCUAAUAAUGUGCUUGGUAAACAUCAAUUUAUUGUCUCUCAUUGUCUCUGAAACCGUCCACAACCCAGUGUGAAUGUAUUCCUUUUUUCAGUACCUCUUUUUCAGGUCCUCGGUUCCAGAAACCUGGACCAAAACAGAAGUUGGAAGUUUGCAUUACUUACAUUGAUAUAUUUGUCCUAAUGUAUGUAUUGAAAGAAACAAACACAUUUUAGUGGUUAGCACGUUUGCCUCACACCUCCAGGGCUGAGAGUUCAAAUCCCACCUCCGUCCUGUGUGCUCGGAGUUUGCAUGUUCUCCUCAUGCUCCGGGUAUUCCAGUUUCCUCCCCCAGUCCAACGACAUGCCCUGUAGGCUGAUUGGCAUUACCAAUUUGUCCAUAGUGUGUGAAUG